AUGUCAUCAAAUGCAGAAAUAUUGAAGGAGGCAGAGGCUAGCUCGUCGAGUAACCCUCAGCACGCUGAACAACUCUACAAACAGAUCUUGAAUACCACAGCAUCUUCAACAUUGGCCAAUGGUGCACCAAACAGCGAACGAGACAUGUCACUUCGUGACCAGGAAUCAGCUUUGUUGAAACUUGCUGAAUUAUAUCGGGACCAGAAGAAUGCAAAGGGUCUUGCUGAGGUCGUUACUCUUUCACGGGCAUUUAUGUCAUCAACAGCCAAGGCCAAAACUGCUAAACUUAUUCGUACCCUGCUCGAUUACUUUACUCCCAUCCCUGAUAGCCGGCAAAUCCAAAUCGAUGUACUACUCGAUAAUAUUGCAUGGGCAAAGCGCGAGAAGCGAAUAUUCUUGAAGCACAGUCUCGAAAUCCGUCUGGUUGCUUUACAGCUUGGAGCACUACAGUACAAGCAAGCCCUAUCCCUCAUCGACACUCUUCUCACCGAACUCAAGCGGUUAGACGAUAAAAUGAUCCUCACGGAAGUCCACCUCUUGGAGAGUCGCGUCUACCGUGGUAUCGGAAACCUUACCAAAUCAAAGGCUGCAUUAACAUCCGCACGCACUGCUGCAAACUCGAUUUACUGCCCACCCCACCUGCAAGCUGCGCUCGAUCUCCAAUCUGGAGUGCUCCACGCUGAAGACAGAGAUUACACGACUGCAUACUCAUAUUUCUUCGAAACGUUCGAGAACCUGUCUGCGCAAGAUGACCCAAGCGCUCUUACAGCUUUCAAAUACAUGCUUCUCUGCAAAGUCAUGUUAAAUUUGUCCGAGGACGUCACAUCAUUGCUCUCAAUCAAGCUAGCGGCUAAAUAUGCCCAGUUAAGAGACGUAGAAAGUAUGCGUGCUGUAGCGCUCGCACAUCAGAACCGAAAUCUCGCCGAUUUCGAAAAGGCACUACGAGACUACCGCGAACUCUCCUCGGAUCAAACGAUCCGGUCUCAUCUUUCUGAGCUUUAUGACAAGCUUCUUGAGCAGAAUUUGUUGCGUAUCGUGGAGCCGUAUUCAGUUGUCGAAAUAGAUUAUGUAGCGACACAAGUUAGGCAGACUCGAUUGGACGUUGAAGCAAAGCUUUCGCAAAUGAUUCUCGACAAAGUACUCCACGGCGUGCUUGAUCAGGGUCGUGGCUGCCUUAUAGUUUUCGACGAACAAGAGAUUGAUAACACCUAUGGCGCAGCCAUCGAUACUCUAGAACAGAUUGGCAAGGUUGUUGAUUCGCUGUACGCUAAGACCGUCAAAAUCGCAUAGAUCAGUUAUAAUUGUAGUUCGUUUGUAUUCAUCACAAUGCUCUGCGUCUUGUUAAAUGAUGGAAGGCUGAAGUGUUGACUUCAUCUGCAGCACUGUGCUCAAUCGAGUACAUUAGAGCACUUCAUCGAAUUCGAAGCUUCAUACCAACGCUUAACUUGAACAAAGCACUUAACAUGAACGUCACUCGACGUUAAUGUUUUUGAGCAUUGUCAUU